CUUUAAGACAGACUUCACGGACAGGGAGAGUGAAAUAUUCCAGGAAAUGUGCACACCGCGUUCUUUCUGUCCAUGAGGGACACACCCACUGUGCCCUAAGGAUCAUGGGAAGGUGGAAGAAGCUUUAGAUUGACAAGUACAGUUCAGACACAGAUGAGCAUGAGGAGGUUUUUCCAAGCACACAGGGAUGAAGACUAUAGUCAGAUCCAGUAUCUGACGGCCAAGUGCACCCGCCUGGCUCAUGAUAAAGCGGUGCUCGACAGGGAGUUCCUGGUGUCCAGAGACAGGGAGAGGAAGCUGCAGAAUGAACUGGAGGCUACGACCGCUCAGCUCCUCCACCAGGAGCAGAUGAACCUGGAGCUCAGGAUGAAGCAGGACCAACUCAUUAGCAGGAUCCACCAGCAGCAGGACCUGGUUGACUUGCUGCAGCAGCGUGUGGUCUUGCUGGCUGAGGAGAGCUUUAGGGACGGAGAGCUGCUGCGCCAGGUCCGCUCAGAGCUGCUGUGUCUGCAGAGCUCUGAGGUGAAGCUGGAGGGUCUGGUGGAGCAAUUGCAUGCUAAGGCCCAACACAGUGCUGUGGUGGCAGAGAACCUGCAGGCAGAGCUGCACGCUGAGGCCAUGUGCAGAUCUGCGCUGACGGAGAGCCUGCAGGCAGAGCUGCGCAGUAAGACAGUGGAGUUGGAGGAGCUCCAAGAAACCAACAAAACUUUGACAGAGAAGCUGAUGGAUUUACGAAUCGCUCAUCAGAAGAAGGUGAGGGAACUGCAGCAGGAAAAUGAGGGGAGUCUGGUGAAACUGCAGGAGACAGCAGAGCAGUUUGAGUGGCUCUGUCAGCAACAGCGCUACUGGAUGUGUUGUGUCAAGAGAUUCAAAGACUGCAUGAUGAAGGAGAGGGGAGCUCUACAGGUCGGCAUGUUGGAAAAGAAGGCUGAGAAGAGUUUACAUGAUGACAGUCCCACACAGAGCGCCCUCUCUCCCCUGCAGGACACUAAAUGCUUUGACAGCAGCAGAACAUCGUGGGAUGCAGAUGCAAUGGCUGACCUGAAGUCUCAGGUGGAGAAGUCAAACACGCUGCAUGAGGAGCUCUCUAACCGGGCAGGGAGCCCUAUCAACAGAUACCAAAAACCUCCUUGAGGACACGAGCCUGGAUUUGCCUUCUCUUUCUCUUCCCACCUUCUGCAAACCCUGUGUGUGGUUAACUUUGUGGAACACUUUCCAGUCAUUGUCAACCAAAAAAAACAAAAACCUACUUGUGAAACCAUACAGUUACUGUUUUUCUUCCACUAUUGUUCACCUGUCUUGAAAAGAAUUUGCUUCAUGAUA